AUGCUGAGCAGUGAACGCAUCCCAGUCUCUGUGCCAAAGUUGACUGAACGUUUUCUAGCGAAGAUCAAUAAGCUCUCCAUCAUGGGAGUUCGGUCCUUUGACAACACCCGCCAAGAGACCAUCCAGUUUCACACUCCAUUGACUUUGAUUGUCGGCUACAAUGGCUCGGGGAAGACGACUAUCAUUGAAUGUCUCAAGUAUGCCACGACAGGGGAUCUGCCCCCAAACAGCAAAGGAGGGGCUUUCAUACAAGAUCCGAAUCUAUGCGGAGAGAAGGAGGUCUACGCACAGGUCAAGAUGUCGUUCAACGGCACUUCGGGAGCGAAGAUGGUAAUCAACCGAAAUCUACUACUCACAGUGAAGAAGAACACUCGGCAGCAAAAAACGCUCGAAUGUACGCUCGUAGUCGUCAAGGACGGCGAGAGGACCGCACUGUCUUCACGUGUCGCGGAGCUAGAUCAGAUCAUGCCGCAAAACCUCGGUGUUUCAAAAGCUAUCCUGGACUCGGUCAUUUUCUGCCACCAGGACGAGAGUCUGUGGCCCAUGAGCGAACCCUCCGCGCUCAAAAAAAAAUUUGAUGAAAUUUUCGAAGCUCUCAAGUAUACCAAAGCCAUUGACAACAUCAAAGCGUUGCGGAAAGUGCAGAAUGAGGCUUUGAAAAUUUUCAAGAACACGGAACAAUAUACCAAAGACAUCAAGGACAAGGGUGACAAGGCCGAGAAACGGUCGAAAGCACUGGACAUGGAGCUCAAAACCCUAAGAGAAGAGAUCACGGAGCUUGACAAUAAGGCAAAUGAGGCUGAAGACAAAUGGAUAGAAGCAACGAACAAGGGGGCACAGUACACGAGCGUCAUCAAAGACAUGGAGCAUAGUCGGAAGAGAGAGGACUGGCUCCAGACGACCGUGCAAGAAUUGGGUCACGAUCUCAAAGAGCAGCGCAAGGAAUCUGAUGAAUGGCUACAAUCUGAGCUCGAUCAAUACGCAGAGCGUAUGGCUGCCCAUGAACAGCAAGAGAAGCAACUGAAACAGGACUACGAAAAUCUCGAGCGGAAAAUUGACGGAAUCAGCAAGCAAUUGCGCAGAAAGGACGCUGAAGCUGGCGAAUAUCAGGCACAGCGAGCGAAUCACGUAGACCAGGUUAAGAAGCGCAAGACUAUGAUCAAGAAAACUUCAAGUGAUCACAAAAUCCGAGGAUAUGAACACGACCUUGACGAUACGCGAAUCAACGAGUAUAUGGAGAAGAUCUUGAAUCUGUCAAGGGAACAAAAUGCCGCGGUCGAGAAAGCACGCAACGAUAAAGAACUCGAAAGGCAAAAGGCACAGGGCAUUCUCACUCAGCUCGAUAGAGAGCGAUCAGCUCUGAACGAACGCAAAAAGAGUGCUAAACACCAGUCUGUUGCUAAUGACCGCAAAAUUGAUUUUCUCCAGUCAGAUCUCAACAAAAUUGAGGCCGAUGAGGGCGGAAAGGCAAUACUUGAAGACAGCAUUAGGGAUCUUGAAAUCCGACUGAGCAAAUCCAGGGAUGACUCGAAGAAAGCCUCGUGGGACAGCAAGUUGCAAGAAGGCAAGAGCCAGUUGCGGAUACUGGAGGAUGAGAUCGCGCAGUUGCAAGGAGAUCUCGCUCAAGUGUCCAAGCAAGCAGAAGAUCGGGCGGCGUUGAACAUUGCGAAGAAAGAGGCUGCAGAUUGCCAAAGAAAUCUGCAGAAGAUGAGAGAUGUUUACGGCGAGAGACUCGAAGCCAUCCUGGGGCACGGCUGGCAGUCAUCAAGCCUUGAGGCCGACUUCCGAAAAGUUCAUGAUCAGAGGUCUCGUCUAGUGAGAGACGCCGAGCGAGAACGUGAGGGGGUAUCUCGCCGUUUGGAGCAACUUGAUUUUAAGCUCAGUAGCGCACGGUCUGACAGAAGCAAGGCUGAAAAAGAAUUGGCUGCAUGCGUCAAGAAACUAAGCGAUAACGUCGAAGGUGAGCCUGAAGAUUACCCUAAAACGGUCUCGGAAAUUCAGAAGGACCGUGAUACGCUCAAAGCAGAUAUCGACAAUUAUGAGAACGAGCGCAAGUACUUCGCAGACGGCAUCGCGUUGGCUCACAAGGAGCACAAAUGCAAACUAUGCUUGCGGAAUUUUCAAGCCAAAGAGCAGACGGACUUCAUUUCCAGAUUGGAAAAGAAAAUAGCCAAGCAAACUAUGACCCAGAUCCGCGAGGAGUUGAGCGUCCUUGAAGAUGACCUGCAGAAAACCAAAGAUGCUGGUCCGAGCUAUGAGACGUGGGUACGAUAUUCGCGAGAAGAGCUACCAAAAAUACUAGCCAAUGAGAAACGACUAGGACUAGAGCGAGAAAACAUCCUCCGCGAGAAUGAGGAGCAUGACAAGAUUGUCGAGGACCGGGUAGAGGCUAGAAGAGAUCUAGAGUCGCUUGCGGGUUCGGUCAAGAACAUCAACGAAUACGACCGAGAUCUGACCAAAUACGUUGGACGAGUUCAAGAGCUUACCGCGGAGCAAAAGGAUACCGGAAUCUCUCAUACGCCAGAUGAGAUUCAAGAUCAGAUACGAGUGCUUAGCGGCAAGUCUCAAGACAAGAGGAACAGUAUCCAGACUUUUAAAGAUGACAAAGAUCGCGUGCGCUUGCAAAUCGUCACUCUCGAAUUGGAUUUAAGCAAAGCGAGAAGCAAUCUAACCAGUGCCCAACAUCAGCUUGACAAAAAGGCAGACAUCUUCGAUGAUGUUGAAAACCUAAGAAGACUUAAUGGAGAAUUCCGCGACCAGGUCAAACAAUUAGAUGCCCAGCUUGACAAAUUAGAUCCCAGGAUUGAGACAGAGAAGACUAAAGUUGCCGACAUAGAGCAGCGUGGUUCAGACAAGGAGAGAGACUUGCGGCAGGAAGCCACGAGACUGUCAGAAAGCCUCCAUCAGCUCAAAAUCGCCAACCAGAAUGUUGACGAUUAUAACCAAGAGGAUGGCGCUGCGAAGUUGGAGCGAUGUCAGAGAGAGAUCGAGAGUGCCCAGAAAGACAAGGACAUUGCCGAACAGGAAAAGACGCGCGUGAUUAGACUGAUCAACAAGACCCAGAAGGAGCUGACCAACCACGACGCGAACAAACGUACCAUCGCUGAUAAUAUCAAGUAUCGCCGAAACCUACGGGAACUGCAAGAUGUCAGGACCGAGAUAGCUCAGCUAAGUGCACAGAAUGCCGAAGCUGAUCAGAGUCACUGGAAAAAGGAAUCAAGAUAUUGGGAGGGCCAACAUGAUAAAUUCAAGACGCAGAAGACUAGCAAGUGGGGUUCUGCAAAAGCAAAAGACGAUGAGCUCCUGAGGUUGAUAAAUGAAUGGCAAGUCGAUUACAAGGAUGCAGCAUACAAUUUCAAGAAAGCACAUAUCGAGGUGGAGACGACCAAAGCCGCUGUGGAAGACUUGGGACGUUAUGGAGGUGCCCUGGACAAAGCGAUCAUGAAGUAUCAUAGUAUCAAGAUGGAAGAGAUAAAUCGCAUCAUCGAAGAGCUGUGGAAGAAGACGUAUCAGGGCACAGAUGUGGAUACCAUCCUGAUUCGGUCAGACAACGAAGCAGCGAAAGGCAACCGAUCGUACAAUUAUCGGGUUUGCAUGGUCAAACAAGACGCGGAGAUGGACAUGCGAGGGCGUUGUAGCGCUGGGCAAAAGGUGCUGGCGAGCAUCAUCAUUCGCCUGGCGCUAGCGGAGUGCUUUGGAGUGAACUGCGGCCUCAUUGCUCUAGACGAGCCGACGACUAACCUGGAUCGGGACAACAUUCGCUCACUCGCCACAUCACUUCACGACAUCAUCGAGAGCCGACGGCACCAGUCGAAUUUCCAGUUGAUCGUUAUCACCCAUGACGAAGAGUUUCUAAAAUUUAUGAAAUGUCCCGACUUCUGCGAUCACUAUUAUCGUGUUUCCAGGAACGAAAAGCAAAAGUCCUGCAUCGAGAGGCAGUCGAUUGCCGAUGUCAUGUGA